AUGGCAGUUCAAGCUCAAUACCCUUCAAAUAUCCUCUUUCUAAACAGAAACUCACAAGAAGGGCAUGAUUAUUCCUUACAAGCACAGCCAGGAGGAUAUCUUGAUCAAUCCCACAUGCUAUUCAACAAUGGAGGAGGAGCAGUCAAUAAUACUACCAAUCAGCGCAAAAGAGGAAGAGAAACUUCAGCUGCCACUGAAAUCUCACCUUCAAUCCUUCCUUUCUCUCUGCAACAACAAUCCCAACCUCCUCCUCCUCAGCUCAUCGACCUCUCCCAACUCCACAGCCACAACCACAACCACAACAAUCCCAAUGUGGUCUCCACCGGCCUCCGUUUAUCCUUUGGAGACCAACAACAACAACAGCAACAGCAGCAGCAAUUUCAACAGCAUCACAAUCAACAACAACAACAACACCACUCUUCAGCUUUGUUCUCUGUUUUAACAGAGGACUUUGCUACCCAAAUCAAACACCAGCGGGACGAAUUAGACCAAUUCCUUCAAGCCCAGGGGGAGCAACUACAGCGCACAUUAGCAGAGAAACGGCAGAGGCACUACCGUGCGCUACUGAGCGCAGCGGAGGAAUCAAUAGCUCGUAGGUUGAGAGAGAAAGAGGUGGAGGUUGAGAAGGCCACGCGUAGAAAUGCCGAGUUGGAAGCACGCGCUGCGCAACUUAGCGUGGACGCCCAGGUUUGGCAGGCUAAGGCCCGGGCACAACAGGCCACUGCUGCGACCCUACAGGCCCAACUACAGCAGGCUAUGAUGAGCGGCGGGUUUGUGGCGGCUCAGGAUAGCAGGAGAGGGGACGAUGGAGUAGCAUCCUCGGCGGGCGUAGAGGGCCAAGCUGAGGACGCCGAGUCGGCAUACAUUGACCCGGAACGAGUGACCAUGUCUGCCCCGAGUUGUAAAGCGUGUCGAAAACGGGUCGCCUCGGUGGUUAUACUGCCGUGCCGGCACUUAUGCCUCUGUACAGAGUGUGACCAAAUGGUUCAGGCCUGCCCAUUGUGCCUCUGCAUGAGAAAUUCAAGUGUAGAAGUCUUUCUUUCUUAG